CUCACGGGCACCGGGGAAGCUCAUCCUGCUUGGCCGUUCUACACGGACUCAGCCAGCCAGCCACAUAAGCAGGGAUCGUCAGUGAAGUCGAGAGACAGGCGGCUUGGUCAGACAGCCGGUCAGAUAAACAACUUGUCAGACAGCCGGUCAAGUAGACGAACUGGUCAGACAGCCGGUCAGAUAAACAACUGGUCAGACAGCCUGUCGAUCAGCCGGUCAGACAGCCAGCCACGCGAUCAGCCAGCUACUUAGACAGACAGGCAACCGGUCAGACAGACAGCCAGUCAGCGGACGUCUCAUCCAUCCCCACGGUGUUCUUACCACGUGUGCAUGCGUGCUGCUGCUGCUGCUGGUGGCUGCUGAUCGUGGCUCGCGCGACGGCGAAACUCAUCGUCUGCAAGGUCGUCUACGUCAGCUCGCCUCCUACGUCAGCAGGAUGACGCUCAACGUGGCCGAGCGCGCUCUGACGCCGAAGAGCGCCAGCGGCCCGCAGCUGCCCCUGCGCCACGCGGCCCCCACAGCCACCGCCCCCGGCGCCCGCCUCGACAUGCCGCCGCGGCGGCUGCGCCCGGCGCAGGGCACCGGCAUGCGGCCCCGGGCUCGACGCGCCGUCGCCGGAGGUGCCGGAGGAGUCGGAGCGCGAGCGCCAGCGGGCGCGGGCGGCGAUAGCGGCGCCCAACGGCCCAGGUGGUCGACCGAUUCGGCCGACUCGCUGCUGUCCAACUCAUCGGGGGCGAGCGAGCGCAGCGCCAGCCCCGAGAUCGCCGUGGCUCCGUGUCGCCUCGCCCGCCAGUUCCAGCCGCCGCCGCCGCCACCGCCGCAUUCGCCCUCUUACAGGGCCAUGCUGCUGGGCGAGCCGGGCGUCGGCAAGUCCACCCUGGCUCGCAUCUUCGGUGGCGUCGAGGAUGACUACGACGCCGAUUUCGCCGCGGAGGACUGCUACCAGCGCAGCGUGGUGGUGGACGGCGAGGAGACCACGCUCGCCCUGCUCGAGUUCUGUGGCCAGGCGGGCGAGGAGUGGCUGGACGAGGAGUUGGCCCGCGCCGGAGACGCCUACAUCAUCGUGUACUCCAUCGCGGAGCGCGCGAGCUUCGAGCGCGCAGCCGAGAUGCGCAUCCAGGUGCGCAAGGCGCGGCAGGCGGACGACGUCCCCAUAAUCCUCGUGGGCAACAAGAGCGACCUCGUCCGCUCACGGGAGGUCAGCGUGGACGAGGGCCGCGCGUGCGCCGCCGUCUUCGACUGCAAAUUCAUCGAGACGUCGGCAGCGCUGCAGCACAACGUGCGCGAGCUUUACCACGGCGUCGUGCGCCAGCUGCGCCUGCGGCGCCGGCGCGGCGACCUGGAGCGUGAGCGCUGGGACGAAGCCGGCCGCCUCCUCCACCCAUCCGGCCUCGCCUCCUCGUCCUCCUGCACCUCCUCCGCCUCCGCCUCCGCCUCGUCGUCCUCCUCCUCGUCGUCGUCGUCGUCGGCGGAGUCCGCGCCGUCCUCGGCCGGCGCCGUCUCGUCCUCCGCCUGCCCGCGCCACCACCCCUCCUGCCACCACCACCGCUACGCGCGGCGCAAGGAGAGCCUCACGAAGCGCGCGUGGCGCAUCCUCAGCCGCUUCAUGGUGGCGCGCGGCGCCGGGAGGCUGGCCUUCCGCGUCAAGUCCAAGUCGUGCCACGACCUCUCCGUGCUGUGAGCGAGGCGGCGGUGGAUGCGCCCGCCCGGCCUUUCCGGGCUGGAGGGCAGCUCGUCUGGACAAUCGUAAACGCGGGGGAGGGUGCUGCGUAGGAAGCCACGAGGCUCGGUGGUCGGGGGGGGGAGAGUCUCGGUGCCCUCGCUUGAACUUGUGAACGGACAGACAAACCUCGCGCGGAAACCUCCUGCUUCGGCCACGGCCGCGUUACGAGAUGCGCAGGCUUAUUUCUCUCGCUCCCUCCCUUCAUCCCUCACCCCCCCUCCCCCCUCCCCCCUCCCCAUGCCUUCUGCCACACAAAUAUCCGUCUCUGCCAUUGUUGUGACAGCGCAAUGGAUGAAAAACUACAAGAGUUUUUUUUAAAUUUGAUUCUGAUCGGUGUCCCGAAGCACAGCCCGUUGGGUUUCGAGCGACCGCGUCGCGCUCACCUCAGCGUGCUGCGCCGUGGCAAAGGUACGGCGUCGCCUAACAAGUCGGGGGCAAUUGAUUCGCCUCGCUCAUCAGCCAGGCACGUAAAACCAUUACUGCAUCAGGUAUGCAAUUUGGCUGUACGGCCCAGUUACAUUUCAAUUGCACCCAACGUGUGACAACGGACGGAAUGUCGCAGCCUUUUUUGUAAACGCUCGGGUUGUUUGAGCCACGCGCGUGCACGGACUUGUGCAAGUUCAACCUCACCCCUCCUGCCGCAAAAUUGACAAUUUACGAGGAUUUGCAGGCACUUCUCAGAUCGCUCAACGUCACAGCUGAAUCAGUCGAAGGGGCACCCCCGGCGGCAGCUGCCCCUGCGCGGCACAAAGCGACUCGGCAGUCGGCCUGCAGAACGGGCAUCAGUCUGCCAGUGCCAGUCGGAGGGGCGGGGGCGAUGUCUUGCUAUGGAUCAUCACGACUGAGUCAUUUGCGUGUCACUUUCAAAUUUGGACACGCAAUGGCCUACUCUCGCAAACGGGGUCAGGGGAUCUCGAACGUUCACUGUGAAGCAGAUGGCACUUAGUGCUGCUACGGUUGUUGCACACCGCAGCGAUAACCAGGGCGGCCGCUGGAUUUCGAACCGUGAGCCUCUGCAACAAGCGGCGAUUGGGAGUGCUUGUCUCAUGAUUAGAGCGUCAUGAAUUAAAAUGCCGGUUGGGGGGUUAUGCUACCCCCGUCAUCCCCCUGGGAUCAACACAAUUAGUACCGGGUUUGUGUAAAUAGCGAUUGUUUAAAUGGUUAGACUGACCCCCGCCAUGGCAAUGUGAAACUUCAAUUAAUGGGCUCAGGCCAUCAGUAGAUAUCAGUACUGACCAAAAUCGUAUUUUGUGCAGGAGGGGGGGGGGGGGGGGAGACACCUCGGCUUGGCUAGAAAAGAACAAAAUUCAAAUUUAUUGUCACUCAUUGUUAUGAUGUUCAAUUAAAACUUCCGGAGGGCAUUUCCUGCAGGACGACAGUGAGUGGCUUUAGACAAAGUUGUCAGUCAUCCACAGCUUCCAAAAUCAUACCUUACAUUUUACAAAAUGUAUAUUUCAGAAAGCCGCUUUCAAUCGGCGCUGUCAUUUUUCAGCAGCGAGUGCUUGAAAGACAGAGGUCUGUGCGAAGAGGUUAACACUCUUUUUUGACACCUCUACUAGAAUGUUUUUAACCUACCUGCGUUUCAGCCGCAACCUCUGCGUCUUGCAUCCUGGAUGUUGCCACCGCUGGCUGACGGCGGAGUGGCUCCCUCUCGCUUGCUCCUGCCAGAGAAUUAUGAGCAGACGUAUUGAGGUCACACGUAAUUUAUGGUAUUCCUGGGGCACCCCCCCCCCCCCAUCUCUCUCUCUCCAGUCUCAUACGAAGUGGCUCUUUCUCCCUACGGACAAGGAUUACCAUGACAAAUGGGCAUUUCGUUCACAAAAGCGCCGUUUCUUUCAGCAUCACGAUGCACUUAAUAUUCGCACAGCGUCAAACCAAAACACGAUUCGUAUUUCGAGUGUUUCCCUGCUCAAUCGAGACGAGACCCAUCUGUGUCCCGCGGCCUUGAAUCAGCAGUGGGAUGUCCACAUUAAUUUGGGAGGGGGCCAGUCUCUCCAUGGGACAUGCAAUUAAUUUCAAGUGGCACUCUUCUAUCCUGGAGUUAACCCGGGACGGGAUUUGAAUUCCUAAACCGUCUAAAUGUGAGUCAAGCAGCCUAACCCCGUGCCACCUGGUCAGAUGAACCCAUACACUUCACCAUCGAUACACUUUAGUUACAUUAAAAAAAAGUUUUCUGCUUACGUUUCAGAUAAUGUUUUUUUGUUAGUUCCAUCUCAUCAGCAUGCCGCACAAACAUGUAACAGUGAGAGUGACGUGUAAUUUCACUUUACUCAUUACAAAAGUGACGCCCGACUCUCUGGCUAAGCGACAGUUUCUCACCUUGGCUUGACCGACGCCAAACCGAAGAGCCACAGCACUACUGCUGCUAAAACUAAACUAAGCAAUUUUAAUUUUACUAGGUAUUGCCCACGGAACGAUAUAGCUCUUUUCAGAAGCCACCUGGCCAUAGACGAUAGCUCAACGAAGCGGCUUAUCGCGGGGAAAUAUAUAGCAGCCAAAUCCUCUAAACGCGUGUUUCUAAUCAGGGAGGGGAAAAACCGGAGGGCCUGGAGAAAAGCCCACGCGACUCACGGGGAGAACAUGCAAACUCCAAAUAUACAGCAGGCUUCAGGGUCGGGAUUGGGAUCGAACCCAAGACCUCCUGUAUACCAGGCGAGGUAGUUAACAUCUCGCCACGGCACUGCUGCUGCUGCUGCUGCCGCUGCGGCUAAAUAUGCAACGGUGCGACGGCGGAGCCGAACGGGGUGGCCACUCCGCGUCACCGCGAACGAUAUCUCCUUUCUGUGUGGCUGUGCCGCUAUGGAUAUGGCGCAUCAAUAAUUGAUCGGCAGACACGUAUGAAUGGUCGCAAUGAAAACACAACAUUCGAUAUGCCCCUGAGAGUGUUGCGGGUUUAUGCAUCGUGUGCAGGGUUGAAACCGAUUGCCUUAUUGCAGUACAUGUACAUAGUGUACACACACACAUCUACAUGCUUUAAAAGUUAGAUUUUAUAUUUAACUGUAUGAGCAAAUAUUCCUCAAGAGUUUUCUAAGAGUUGUAGGUUCUGAUCCGCCGCUUAUACCUAUGCUGUGUGUGUGUGAACACCUCACGAUAUCUUGAUUGUGCAGAGGUCCGUUGGAUUGUUUUUUCUCCAAUUGGAAAUAAACCGUUUUAUAAGCGUG